UAUUUCUCUCGCAGUCUAAGAAACAGAGGACAAGAGACACAGAGACAGUAGACUGAGGAAACACAUUCAGGUUGGUUUCAAAAUCUCCGGAAGACAAGAAGAGAAAAGACAGGAGAGUAUAGAAAGCAGGAAGAAAGAAAGAAGGCAAAUAAAGAAAGGGAGGCAGCAGAGAGAUGGACUAAUUAACUUAUGGCUCCUGAGGGCAAUGGAGAUUUUUUGCUGAAGAAGAAGAGAGAUUUCAAAAUCAGAAUAAAGGCGCCUCAACAUGUAGAUGUUCUGCAGGUUUCUGGUUAAAAUUUUCCCUCCGCCCCCCCCCCACAGAAUCCAAAUUGUUCACCCUACACUUCAGCGUAGACAGGCUUUAGAUGUUCUCGUAAAAAAAUCUGAGGGAUGCGUCUGAGGGAGAGAUGCAGAGCAGAGCUUUCUGACAUGGUGCCGACCCAGAUUGACAGAGACGAGGAGAGACUGGACUGUUCAGUGGCAGACACGUCUCCGGCCAGACACAGGUAUUCUCCACUCGAUAUUAAGAUCAGUCCGGAUAUUGAUCCAUGCUAUUUGAAACUAUCCUCAUUAUUGUUCUCUGGUCUUGCAAUUUGUGUGUCUUUGUGGAUGUGUGAUAUAUGAGAGGUGUCAUGUUAAAGUAAUGGUUUGAAUUGCAACAUAAUUCCAAUACAUGCUGCCUCGCUGAUGCAGACUUUGAAUUUUAUACCAAAAUUAAUGUUGGCAACAAGUAUUUUUGCUUUGUCAGGAAAACUGUCUCAUGUGCAGACCAAUAUCUUGUAUCUUCAGCCGACGAACAGAUUCAUGUGUACGUGAAUCAUUAGUAAUAAUAGAAAAAUGUAAUGACACGAUGAGUAAUAUACCAGGAGACCGUCUCUGUAAAUAACAACUUACAUGUGCAAACGAUGGCUGCUUUCAUACGUGUCAAAUAUGAGUUAAACAGAUGCGUCAUUAGCAGCGCAUCUUGAUUCGGAGCAACAGAUGAGCUGAAAGCCAUAUGACAAACUACUGACCUAUUACAAGCCAUAACCGUUUUACACAAUAAUCCUUUUUGAAACGCAGCACUGUGCUUACUAUCGACGAGAAUCCUGUGCUCCUGUUGUCAGCGCGUCAGCCGCACACUGUGUGGUUUGCGUUACUGUGAGGGGGAGAAGAAAAAAAAACGUGCAAAGAGAAAGUACAGGGAGGAGGAGGAGGAUACAGACAUUUUUCGCCUGUCAGAGACUGAAAAGAGGAGCACCAGGCCAACAAGAGACAUCUGUGGCUGUGAACAGACGUACAAGUGCUUCCUAACUCACAACGGCAGAGGGAGGGAGGGGGGGGGGGAUGUGGGGGUCAGCCUGCAGUUUAUGAGGAGACGAAGACACAUCAUGAGUGGAAGUGAAGCCACAGUCAGGCAGAUUAUUGAUUGUGACUAAAACUGAGUGCUAAACCUACCUGGAGGACUCAGACUCAGCCUGCGUCAGAGGGGCGACAGGACAGUAGCCCCCUCUAAAGUAAAGAGGGAGAGGGAGCGUUAGCCACAGAGCAGCUGAGAGAAGGGGCGGGGGGUUUCCCUGUCUCCUUCUCGACCCGUCCCGUCGCCAGGCUGGCGGACGCAGCCAUGGCGUUCACCUUUGCGGCCUUCUGCUACAUGCUCACCUUGGUGCUGUGCGCCUCGCUCAUCUUCUUUGUCAUAUGGCAGAUCAUCGCAUUUGAUGAGCUGCGCACAGACUUCAAGAACCCCAUUGAUCAGAGCAAUCCCACCAGAGCGAGGGAAAGGAUCCUGAACAUUGAGAGAAUCUGCAACCUGCUUCGCAGGUUGGUGGUGCCGGAGUACUCCAUCCACGGGCUCUUCUGCCUGAUGUUCAUGUGUGCCGGAGAGUGGGUCACACUUGGUCUGAAUAUCCCGCUGCUCUUCUACCAUCUGUGGAGGUUUUUUCACAGGCCGGCCGACGGCUCAGAGGUCAUGUACGAUCCCGUCAGCGUGAUGAACGCCGACAUUCUCAACUAUUGCCAAAAGGAGUCGUGGUGCAAGCUGGGCUUUUAUCUGCUCUCUUUCUUCUAUUAUCUCUACAGUAUGGUCUAUGCCUUGGUGAGCUUCUAACAUACAGGAGAUCGGGAGAAGAAGGAAAAAAAAAAAAGGAAAAGGAAAUAUCUGUAAGAAAGACCCAGAGCAAUGACUGGAGACAUCAACUCUUCCUCUCUCCAUAUUCCAAUCACUGGCUCUUGGUUUUCAAAAGUCAAAACAAGGACAAACCAAGACCAACCCGAGCGAUAAUGGGAAUGUAAAGGUGAUGCCUCCCCUCGAUUUUAUCGUACUAAUUCCAGACACUGCAGUCGGGUCGGCCGGACAAAGUUUUGGAGGAUGGAAAUGGACGCAGCGGGAGUUUGUGUUGCCUUUGACCCAUUAUAAGAUUCAUCAAUACGAAGGGCUGGAGUUUUUCCCAUGCUGCUCUUACUGAUUCCGUCGCUGAAGUCACUGUGAAUCUCCAAACACUUUGGGGCUGGAAAACAAAAAAUAAUAUGUCUGUAUUCUUUGAGAUUGAAAAUGCACUCAGAGCAGGAUUGUGCUGGUUUCUAUUCAUGUAUAAAACAACUGCUUUGAUUGUGAUAGAGGUAAAUCACACUGUAAGAAACGGCUUAAAUGGUGCACGAGAAACCCUGUAAGACAUGCAGGAGGCCUCACUGGGAAACGACAGAUCGGUGUGUGUGUGUCUGUACACUGUCUCGACACUAGCCUUGGCCAAAAGUUGAAUUUCAGACCGCGACUAACAACAACAAGGAACUAAUCACAAGUUUGACUUUAAGAGUCAACGCAAGUAAUGUUUAUUCAAAAUAUGUAAGUUCAUAGCUGUAAGGGCAUAUUUUAUGCGGCAUUCCAGGUCCAUGCUUUCUGAAGAGCUUCAUGCUCAGACAUACAAUGCCAAACAUUUAUGUCUGAAAAACAUUGUGCCAAAUUUUAAAAAAAAAGGAAAGUGAUGAGGCUAGGAAGUGGUUGCAGUAUCUUCUUCUACACUCCGAGACACCGUCGGGCCUUUGUCUCUAUUUUCACUCUUUAAUACAAAUUGGAUUUUGGCACAAUGUUUUGUUUUUUUUAAACUUGAAGUAGGAACUUUGUUCUGUUGCGCCUUAUUUUUCUAUUUCCAUUGACGUUUACUCUUAACCAUCUGCAUCUAUACUAUAGACAUUUAUAUCACAGCAACUAUUCUCUGAAAUGAGGUAGAAUAUAGAACUCUCAUGUAUAAAAAGCAAUUAAAAACAGCAAACUAGCAAUGUCAUAUGAUUCAUGAGACAUAUCGACGUUAAUGUUAAGUGUAUGUAUUAAUAGUGAGUGGGACGCAAAGUGACAGAUGAGACUACAUCUCAGUAAUUUAAGAAGUGUAACGACAGUGAAGUCAUCUCAAUACAUCUACAAUCUUAUAUCAUGGUUUAGGACUUGUAUUACUCUGAAUUUGCAUAAUUUUUGUUGACACAUAUUGAUACUGGUAUCGAUGGAAUACCAAUACCAGUAAAAAAGGAUAAAGUUGAAAUAGUCAACAAAUCUCAUGAAAAGACUAAAUCCAACAUGUUGGUGCAUCAAUACUGUCCGACUUUUGACUUUCUAGUCUGAGACACUCGUGUAAAUCUUUGAAAACAGUUCACAAACAUAUUGUGUAUUUAGUGUGUAUUGAGAAAAAUAGUCAAAUAAGUUCCAGAAAUCGCUGGGUGGUUUUUCAGCAAACGGUACUCCAAUAAGAGUAAAACUAUUUUUAGCCCCGGAAUAAAUACACAUUUGCCAGAUUAGUUUUUCUUGCAGCAGGACCGUGCUUGUGGAUUCGAUUUCUUGGGGGCACCAGUGGAGCUCAAUUGGUUUUGGUCUUCUCAUCGAAUGUGUGGACAAUAGGAAAAAAUGAAAUAUCAUCAGACUCAUCCUUUAAAUAAGAGUUUGAAUCCACAAAUAAUAAAAAAAAAUAAGAAUAAAUCUAAAAAGAGCAAAAGAGUGAUGCGUACAUGACUUCAUCAGCUUUUGUCAUCUUCAUUUUAAUUCAUGAGGUGCCUUUCAUUUGCUUUUACUUAUUUUUACUAAAUUAAAAUGUCACAUUUAAGUUUCACCGCCGAACAUUUAAACACGUUUAAGAAUUUUUCAGGGGGACCAGGAUGAGUUGUGUGAUUCGCUUGGUUCAAGCGACUUGGAUAGUGUGUCAGUGUUCAUGAAGAAUAGUAGACAGGACUCGUUGUGCCAAAUGAUGUUCCCAUGAAAGUACCCACAGGACACUGAGACCUCAAAACUCUGCCAACAAUGUGAGUGUGUUAAAGUCUGGACAAUCACUAUUAAAGCACAGGAACACAAUAGAAAGAGUCGAAAACACAGCUCGGUUGAAUGUCACUAUGUAGUUGCUCCGAACAAAGCGUUUUAGAAAAAUUGUAUUGAAGUAUAUCUCUUUGUAUCUGUCUUUUAUACAUUUAUCAUCAAUGUGCGCUACAGUAAAUUUGGUGGAUUACUUUAUAUUUAUUAGGUAACUCUAUGAUGUACAGCGAUUCACAUGCCAUAUUCUAAUAAAACAGUAAUGCCAAAACAA